ACAAAUCUUGUAAGAAUGACCCUUGUAAAUCACACAACCAUAUCCAUAUGCUCACACACAAACUCCUACUACAACCAUGGUAGCACCAAAUUUCCUCUCAAGAAGAAGAAGAUGGUUGUUGUUUCUUGUUUAAGCCCGAAGCCCGCGAAUUGGGCCCUUACUUUUCUUCCGAUUUCGGCAUCGGCUAUUGGCUUCGAUGAGAAGAGAGGAGACAGCGUCGACACCAUUGACAGAACAUUCGAUUUCAAGGCUUAUAUGAUUAGGAAGAUGGAGAGUGUCGACAAAGCAUUGAAAGCAGUGGUGAAAGUUCGCGAACCCGUCAAGAUUCACGAGUCGAUGAGGUAUACUUUGUUUUCCGGUGGGAAGCGAGUGCGGCCGAUUCUCUGCAUCGCUUCUUGCGAGCUCUUUGGGGGACAAGAAUCCACGGCCAUGCCGGCAGCUUGUGCUUUGGAGAUGAUCCAAACCAUGUCCCUUAUGCACGAUGACUUGCCGCACAUCGACAACGAUGUGGUGAGGCGGGGACAGCCAGCUAACCACAAGGUAUUCGGCGAGGGUGUGGCAGUUUUGGCCGGCGAUACGCUCCUAGCCUUGGCCUUCGAGCACAUGGCCGAGCACAUGACCACUGCCACACAAGGCGUGACAUUGGACCGCAUUGUUUGGGCUAUCGGCGAGCUAGCCACAUCCGUCGGGGCAGAUGGGCUAGUGGCCGGACAAUUGUUGGACGUACGCUCGGAGGGGCUACAGGAAGUCGGGAUAGAGCUUUUGGAGUUCAUUCAUGUCCACAAGACGGCUGCACUGAUGGAGGCGUCGGUUGUUCUGGGAGCCAUUCUUGGCGGUGGUGACAACGGAGAAAUCGAGCAGCUGAGGAAGUUCGCGAGGGGCAUCGGGCUUAUGUACCAAGUGGUGGACGACAUUCUUGGUGUGACCAAGUCUUCGGAGCAGCUGGGCAAGACUGCUGGCAAGGACUUGGCGGUCGACAAAAUCACUUACCCGAAGCUUAUGGGGGUCGAGAAAUCGCGGGAGUUCGCAGAGGAGCUCCGGCGGUAAGCUCUUGAGCAGUUGGAGGGGUUCGACAUUGUGAAGAAAGCUCCGUUGGUUGCUCUUGCAAAUUACAUUGCUUACAGAGAAACUUGAUCCGUCUUGCCUGACCUAUUUUAUUUGUAUAGUUUGUAGACUGUUAAGUUGAAUUCAGAAUUGUGCAAAAUGCUUUGAAAAGUAACAAUUGUCCAAAGAUGAUUUUCUUUGUUUAUAUGUCAAGUGUUAUGUCAUAUUCUAAUAUA